ACUUUUGCUUCAGCCUUCACAGUCCGAAGUGCCCUUCCCAAACAAGUGAACUCAUGAGUUUGUGUGGAUACUAAAUUAUUUCAAGCAUAAUCCUCGUACAAAGCAUUACACACAUGAGUUUUUGUCUUUUCUUUUCUAACACGUUCGUGGAAAGUUUUACACACUUCAGAGACUACAGAUCACUUCACAGAAUGAGUUUGGCGGAGAUCAAUGAGAAUGUGAAGCUGGCCAGAGAGUACGCGCUGCUGGGGAACUACAGCUCUGCGGUGGUCUGUUAUCAGGGGGUCCUGGAGCAGAUCGGAAAAUACCUCUACUCACUCAGAGAACCCUCUCUACAGCAGAAAUGGCAGCAGGUCUGGCAGGAGAUAAAUGAGGAAACUAAGCAAGUUCGGGAGAUCAUGACAACACUUGAGAGCUUCCAGCAGGAGUCGACCCCAUCCAAACCCAGCAGCUUUGGCCAGGAGAAUGACAUUAUGCCUGUUCACGUGGAGCACAGGCCGUCUCCAUGUGUAGUGCGGAAAUCUUCCGGCCCGCACAAAGAAAGCAAAGGCCACGGGAACCGAUUGAGCGCGGGACACCGCAACCAACCACGACCCUCACCUCGUGUUGCCAACGGGGAUAAGGGAAAACCUCAGAAAGGCAAAGAAAAGAAGGAAAACCCAUCCAAGCCAAAAGAUGAGAGAGGUGUGGAGACGGAGGUGAAGAGGUUCGACAGAGGAGGAGAGGACAAAGAUCUGAUUGAAACUCUGGAGAGAGACAUCAUCUCCCAAAACCCCAAUGUCACAUGGGAUGACAUUGCUGACCUGGAGGAGGCCAAGAAGCUUUUGAAGGAAGCUGUGGUUCUGCCCAUGUGGAUGCCGGAGUUCUUUAAAGGAAUAAGACGCCCGUGGAAGGGAGUGUUGAUGGUGGGUCCACCGGGAACAGGAAAGACAUUGCUGGCCAAAGCUGUUGCCACUGAGUGCCGAACCACCUUCUUUAACGUGUCCUCCUCCACCCUCACCUCCAAAUACAGAGGAGAGUCUGAAAAACUUGUGCGGCUGCUGUUUGAGAUGGUACACUACUCCUCCUUAACCAACUUAAAAUGGCAGCCAAACUAUACAUGCAAUAAACCAUACAUACAUUUGUGUGUUUGCAUGUUCACACAGGCACGCUUUUACGCCCCCACCACCAUCUUCAUUGAUGAGAUAGACUCCAUAUGUAGCCGUAGAGGAAACUCUGAGGAACAUGAAGCCAGCAGACGUGUCAAAGCUGAACUACUCGUCCAGAUGGAUGGUGUUGGUGGGACGUCUGAAAACGACCCUUCGAAGAUGGUCAUGGUUCUGGCAGCCACCAACUUCCCAUGGGACAUCGAUGAAGCUCUGAGACGCAGGCUAGAGAAGAGGAUUUACAUUCCUCUGCCCUCAGCUAAAGGAAGAGUGGAGUUACUCAAGAUCAGCCUGAAGGAGCUGGAGCUGGCCAGUGAUGUCAAUGUGGACAAGAUCGCUGAGCAGAUGGAGGGAUACUCUGGUGCUGACAUCACCAAUGUUUGCAGAGAUGCGUCCCUGAUGGCAAUGAGAAGGCGGAUUGAGGGCUUGACCCCUGAGGAGAUACGAAACCUGUCGAAAGAUGAGAUGCACAUGCCCACUACAAUGGAGGACUUUGAGACGGCACUCAAGAAAGUGUCCAAGUCUGUAUCUGCUGCUGACCUAGAAAAAUAUGAAAAGUGGAUAGCAGAGUUUGGCUCCUGCUGAUGAUGCCAAAGAACCUUAAUCGUUCCUCCUUACAGUCACCGUUAGCACUUUGAAAGACUGAGGGUCAGUUUCACUAAAUCUCCGAGCACUUCCACCCUGUACCAGACUGAAAUCAAAGGGUGGAGGUCUUGCCUUAAAUGAGGUUUGUAUCUUGAGUUUACAGAUUCACAGUAAUAGUUUAAUAUAUAAUAGUAAUAGAAUUGGUUUUACAUACAGGACUUUUCAGAGCUGCUUCGCUUGAUACAGGUUAAGCUUUCUCUUAAACUGAAAUUCACUCGCAUCAGUUUGUAAGGAUGAAGGCUGAACUAAUUAUCCAGUAAAUCCAGAGUGCUGGAGUCUGGGAAACCUGUUUUGGUGCUCUUAUAACAAACAGCCCCAUGAUGUGUUGCCUAACUGUAGUGUGUACAGACAAUAAUGUUAAUGUGGACACAGGAUUGUUUGAUCUUUACUUGCAAAAUCACUGCCAAUGACCAAAGACCAGCUGUCCAGCUAUUCUCUGUUGUCUCCAAAUGCUACUUGAAGCGAAAAGCUAUGCAAGUCAAAAAAAGUUUUUUGCUCCUGUGGUUGAUUUAAAGGCCAAAGUUUCCAGCAUCGGACAAUUGUCUUAAUAGUGAUGAGACCAGCAUGUCUUAAAGGUGUACAGCACUUGACUUUUAUAAACACUAUGGAACUGGUUUCUUUUCAUUACUAACAUUCCAUUGCCAUGAUCAAGUUUUAAAAUGAUGUAUUUUGUUGAAAUAAAUAUUUUUUAAAAGA